UGUGCGGCUUUUCCUGCGGAGGGGCGGCUGUCCCCUCCCCCUUCCCUUCCGUCCUGCCUUCCUGAGGCCGGAGAGCACCAUGGCGGCGCCCAGGCUCCUUCGGGCGGCAGCACCCCUACCCAGGCUCAGCAGCAUCGGGCCUUUGACAAGGCCACCUUCCGCCAUCCGGAGGCUUUACGCGACUGUUCCAGCAGCAAGCCCCCAGCAAGCCCCAGACGCCAACGACGAGAUGCUCUUGUCAGAGCCGCUGAGGCACGCCGACUUCUUCAACUUGCAAGAGCUCUUCUCCCUCAGGGACCUCUUCGAGGCCAGAGUCCACCUGGGCCACAAGAAGGGGUGCCGUCACAGAUUCAUGGAGCCAUAUAUUUUCGGCUGCCGUCUCGAUCAAGACAUCAUCGACUUGAACCAGACGAUGACGCACCUCCAGCUGGCCCUCAACUUCACUGCUCACAUCGCCUAUCGCAAAGGGAUCAUCCUCUUUGUCGGCCGGAACCGUCAGUUUUCCCAUCAGGUGGAGGCCACGGCAAAGGAGUGCGGCGAGUACGCCCACACGCGCUACUGGCAAGGCGGCUUAUUGACGAACCCCCACAUCCAGUAUGGAGUGGGGGUCCGCCUGCCUGACCUCAUCAUCUUCACCAGCACCCUCAACAAUGUCUUUGACCCUCACUUGGCCAUCCGGGAUGCAGCGAAGAUGAACAUCCCCACAGUGGGGGUGGUGGAUACGAACUGCAACCCAUCCCUCAUCACGUAUCCGAUUCCGGGGAACGACGACAGCCUGCCGGCCAUGGAACUCUACCUCAGGCUCUUCAGAAUGACCAUCACCAGAGCCAAGGACAAGAGGAAGCAAAUGGAGGUUUUGUGGGGGGCGCUGAACAAGCCUUCCUAGUGAGGCCAAGCAGCUUGGCUGGAAGCCGCCCCCACGUCUCAAAAAUCCACUAGCCCCAGGCGCAAAGUCCAUCUGCCUGUCUUGGUUAUGGGACAACGUAGUAGCCAAGGGCUGUCUCCAGUGUUGGUCCUUCUAACACUUCCAUCAUCCCUGACUGUUGGCCACCCUGGUUAGGGCUCCUGGGAGCUGGGAGUCUGACAACAUCUGCAUGGCCACAGAUGUUCCCCUUCUUGGUCUAGAACCUCCCAAAGUAUGGGUAGAGGAUGGCAGAAGGCUAUCCCAAAAUGCUUUCCUUCUGCAAGUUCUUGAUGAAAAAGCAUUUGGAAGUUGGUUCCCCAUUUUUUUCAAGCUCUGGAAAAUGAAAAGGUGUUUGCUUCCUAAAUAAAGAUGUUAGUACUCAGAA